GAAGAGGAGAAGCUGUGGCAAUGGGUCUCGCCAAUAGACCACUUCAAAACUCAAAUGGACAAAUCUCGAAGUCGAAAUCCCGAAACCAGAGCCGGCCAGUGGCUGUUGGAUUCGCCAGAGUUCGAGGACUUCCUCAGCGGACGCAGCAACAGUCUCUUCUGCCCAGGCAUACCCGGAGCCGGCAAGACAGUCCUCACAUCAGUCGUGGUGGACUAUCUACUCAAGCUGCAAAAAGACUCUGACGGCAAUGACACUGGAAAAAUCGGAGUAGCCUUCAUUUAUCUCGAUUUCAAACAGGAAUUUGAGCUAGGAAGUCUUCUCGGGAGUAUUCUCAGGCAACUGGCCGCCGAUGAUCCUUCUACUCUCGACAAACUACACAAAGAACACAGCAGCAGAUCCCAGUCGCUCCCACUCUCCAAGGCACGGGACAUUCUUCAGUCCGUCUUCCCUAGCUUUUCGAGGAUAUUCAUUGUUGUGGACGCACUUGAUGAAGCCGACCAGCACCUUUAUGACAAGCUUCUCUUAGAGAUCUUCCAUUUGCAACGAACAUAUGGAGCCAACAUCUUUGCAACCUCGAGACACAUUCCGGAUAUCGAAAGGAGAUUUGAAGGAGCCAAGAAGCUUGAGAUCCGUGCAAGUGAUGAAGAUGUGCGCAAUUACGUAGAUAGCUACAUUACCAGGUUCCCUCGCUUCGUCGCACGGAGUCCAGAGUUACAAGAGGAGACCAGGAAAGGCAUCGUCAACGCUAUCGAUGGAAUGUUUCUACUGGCAACCCUUCAUCUGGACUCAUUGAUCGGAGCCCGAUCUGUGAGAGCGUUCCGUGAUACUAUAGGAAGCCUCCCAACUGGCAUCAACGCGUACGACCACGCCUAUGGUCUUGCCCUAGAUCGAAUUGAAGGUCAAGUUCAGAACAGACGCGAUCUCGCCAUUGAAGUUCUAUCGUGGGUUGCCUAUGCAAGGGCCCAUCUCACAACUGCUCAGCUUCAACACGCUCUUGCUGUCAUUGUCGGCUCGACGCAUUUUGACGAGUCCAAUAUCCCUGACAUGAACGACGCGAUCUCUGUAUGCGCCGGUUUGGUUAUCGUAGAUCCAGGACGCGACAUUGUUCGGCUUGUUCACUACACGGCUCAAGAAUACUUUGAUCGAGAAAAGAAGAAGCGGCUACCACAUGCGCAGAGCCAUCUAACCACCGUCUGCCUCGCGUACAUUUCACUCGAUUGCGUUCAAAACAUCUCCUGGAUAUAUAGGAGCGGCCUUAGGCGGCAUCAGAAAUACCCCUUAUAUCGGUAUGCCACAGUGAGCUGGGGAUAUCAUGCUCGCGAAACAAGAGGCCACCGGGUCGUGAUGGGGCUGCUACUCACAAGAGGUCAUGUCGACGUGAACGCUCGUAAUGAAAGCCGCGAUACCGCAUUACACAUUGCUGUGUCUUACGGGGAUGUAGCUGCGGUUGAAUUACUUCUUGAUCAUGGUGCAGAUUUGAACAAACGCGGCCGCAGCCACAAAACCCCGGCUGAGCUUGCGAUCGCCAAGGAUGAUGCCGCCAUCAUCAGGCUGCUACUUGGGAAACGCGAAACCGAGCUGAACAAGGUUCGGCUACUGAGAAAAGCUGCCUCUAAGGGCUCUCUGGCUGUUAUUAGGUUCUUGAUUGACAAAUGCAAUGUGGAUGUCAAUUCAAAAGACGACCAUGGUCAAACAGUACUGUCGCUUUCUUUGCGUUGGAAACACACGGAAGUGACUAAAUUCCUUCUGGCGAAUGAUCAAGUUGACUUUAUGUCAAAGGGCCCUGAUGGUAAGUCAACCGCUCUAUUUGGCUGUGGUUAG